AUGCAGAACAAGUGCUUAUUUGCGGUCCCCUUGACCAAGGAAACGUUUCUGGAGGCCUACAGCAAGGGUAAAUGGAAUCUAUCCACCGUGCCAUGUCCAUCGUGCUAUGCAAACACCACGCUUUUGAGACCUCCAGAGGCGUACAACGAGGCGAAACGACUAAAAGCUGUCGAUUCGUACUCGGGCCUGCCCCAUUGGGACAACACACAGAGAUUUAAUUCACUGCUAACAAAAACCAUGAACAUGUUUGAAUGCAAUGGAGCUUCCAUCAGCUUGAUCGAUACAAGGUACCAAGUUGUCAAAUUCCAGCACAACCUGGGUUUCAAAGAGUGUGCCAGAACUGUCUCCAUCGACGCUCAUGCUAUCCUUUCUGCUGGAUUCUUUGCCUUGACCGAUGCUUCCCAAGAUUGGAGAACCGUCAGCAAUCCGCUGGUCAAGGGUCCGCCAGGUAUCAAGUAUUAUGUUGCUGUUCCUCUUACGACUGCUUCAAAAGAUGUCAUUGGCACGUUUGCCAUCUUUGACGCUUUUCCAAGGACGAAAAUCGAGGAAAACACCAUUUCUAUCAUGCAACAGAUCGCUGCAGAGAUCAUGGAGUAUCUAGAUGAAGUGCAUGUCUCUGUGGCUGACACCAGCACCACGGUCCAGUGCAGCUCUGUAACCUCGCCUACGUCUGCAGAAAACACAAAAAUCAUGCUGAAGAAGUAUGGCAGGGCCACUAGCAGUGACAUGUUAGGGUCCAUCUACGAGAGGGACGGGUCAGGAAGUCGGUAUCAGCAGCACAGUCAUCUGAGAUUUAGCAAAUACAGCACGCCUCUGGGAGACUUGAUUGAUCUGAAUGUCUGGAGAAGUCUUUUAGGUUGCAUGAACGCAGUUUCUGCUUCUAAAAUGCUCUCGCACAUUCUCAUGGAGAGACUGGGCUUCAACUGUGUUUACGUGAUGAACAUCAGAGUCACGGAGCUAUUUAAAAUCAACUCCGACCUGUUCCCCAAGGAGAACGAAAUUGAGAGCGAGACAUACAAGUUCAAAGACAUGCUACAAGCAGUCAGUGACGAGAACAUCAAUAUGAAGCUUCUUGGCGGAGAAGGGUAUCCGGAGAACUUGAAUGUGGCCACUUUCCAGCCCAACUUCCAUUACAAGGCGUUCAAGUCGGACUUUGGAAUCAUCUACGACUCCAGGGACAGCAAGGCCAAGUAUCACUCGGGAAUUUGCAUGCCGUUCUUCCGCAAGACCCCCAAGCUGGUUCGGAGACGCAAAAUGAGUAAAAGCCAGCGAGCCUCGGCAAAGAACCGCGAUGAGACGUUGCAGCUGUACCACAAGUCUGGAGGCUGUCUGAUCACGUGUUUCAGCACUGCGAAUAAAGAUCUAAAUGAUAGAGAAAUUGGUUACAUUUACGGCUGUGCUUCGAUUCUCCGCAGACUCUACUUUAUGAGCUAG